CCCGCGGGCGCGCGCGGCGCAGGCCUCCGCCCGCAGGCGGGCGGCCCUGCGGCGCCGACGGGGGGCGCCGGGGCGGCGGCGCGGUCGGCGCCCUGGUGGCAGGCCUUCCUCAUGGUGUGGCUGAGCGGCGUGGCCUGGACCGACCGCUUCGAUCCCCAUCCUGAUGUUCGCGCUGGGCGGCUCGCUCUCGCCCCACGUCGGGUGGCCGUGCGGCAUCGGGAUCGCCGUGGGGAUGUUCUCCGUGCUGGUGCAGGUCGACCAGCGCCUCGCGACCGGGACCGUCCUGAUCGUGUCCUUCUGCUCAGCGGCGUUGGCGGGUGGCUUGGCGCCCUUCCUGUUGGCGGUCAUGGCCACUGGGAUGGUUUCCUUGAACGGCGUCAGGAGGUCGUGUGUCUCGAUGCCAAGGUUUGUAGAGUUACAGCGCAGGUGCUACGGCUCCUACCACAGGCGCAGCGAGCUCAGGGGCGACCUUGAGAGCAUCCAGUGCGGCAGGAGCUUCUUCGGCUGCCACCCACACGGCAUCUUCGCUUGCGGCUGGAUCUCGAACGUGAUCUGGGGCAGCACCUUCUACAAGCUGGCAGGGCGCUGCUUCUUCCUGAUCGAUAACACCCUGAGGAACAAGGGCCUCUUCGCGCGCGUCCUCUGCGACGCGUUCGAGGGCCCGCAUGGUGGCUUCCGGGAUAACAGGCGCCACACCAUUGAGCGGUUGAUGGAGCGGGGGGAGUCGAUCGCCAUGACGCCUGGGGCCUUCGAGGAGGCGACGCUCUGCCAGGUAGGCCUGGACCGCGUCUGGGUGCAGAAGAGGAAGGGCUUCGUGAAGUUCUGCCUGCGCCACGGCUAUCGGGUUCACCCCGUCUACACCUUCGGGGAGUCGGACACCUAUAACACGUUAGGUGGCCUCCAGGACCUCAGACAUCCGGCUGAGGCUCAACAAGCUGGGCAUCCCGACGGUGGCCUUCUGGGGCCUGCCGUGGUGGCCCGUGGCGCCCCGGCGGAACGUGGACCUGCUGACCUAUGUGGGGACGCCGGUGGAGUUCCCGAAGAUCGACGCGCCUUCGACAGAGGAUCGGUCGACGAGUGGCACGGCAAGUACGUCCAGGCGCUGCGCGGCCUCUUCGACAAGUACAAGGCUGAGGCGGGCAGGCCGGACUCCGUCCUCGAGGUGCUGUGAGGCCCCGGGAUCGCCGGGGGGAAGCGGGUCCCGAGCGGAACGGGUCCCGGACCCGGUUCCCUGAGGACUCGUUUUUCCUCCAUGCCAGCAGAGCCCGUGCCGCGCCAACCCAUAGCGGUGCAGCUUGUGGGCAGACUGCUGGGAGGCCUCGGAGGCACAGUUAUCUAAAUACACUUGUGCAAGCACCAUUUUUUCCGUCGCGAUCCGUGGCGACAGCGAAGGGCUGGAGAUGGGCCUGGCGCCUGGCGCCACGCCGCGUCAGGAUUGUGAGGGGAGGGGGGAGGAGGAGGCUUCGAGCGUGCGUCUGAGCAGCGGCGCCGUCCCCGCGCACGGCAUCGGGGCGACUGACACCAUGCGGUGCCCUGGCCAGCAGCCCUGCACAGUGAGGCUGCUCUCAGUUUUUUCGGCUGCCUGCGUUCCACACUGGAGCAUCCACGGGAGGGCACGGCGGCCCCCCUGUACCGACCCGCCAGUCUCCUCUUCCUGCCUUCUCCUCCUGCUCCUCCUCCUGUUCUUCCUCCUGCUCCUCAUCCAUAUCCUCUUCCUCCAUCCUUCUGCCUCUCCUGGUUCUCCGCG